AAAAGGCCGGAGACCAUGGAGAUCAUCACCAAGCGCCCCAGGGAGAGGCGGGGCAAUGCCGCCGACGGCGAGCCGCUCCCGCAGCUGCUCGACUCGCCGCUCCCCACGCCGCGCCGCUCGUGCGCCUCCGCGGACGCGCCCGGCAGCAGCCUGCGGUGCGCCGCCUCGCCGCUGCGCACGCAGGUGCCCUUCUCCUGGGAGAGCUCCCCUGGCGUGCCCAAGAGCGGCAGGGACACGCGGGAGGAGACGAUGCCGCCGCCCAAGCUGCCGCCCGGGCGCUGGCCGCCGCAGUGCCCCACGAGGACGAACUGGUGCUACGGCAACGGGAGCGAGGCCAGCAGCGACGACUGCGACGCGUCGUCCUUCUCCGACGCCCUGGAUAGGACGUCCUCCUCGCCCGCGCGGAUCGGCUCCUUCGACCGGGUCACGUCCAAGCGCUUCGAGGACAUCUUCCUCGGCCGCGCCGAGAGCUUCGCCAAGGACCGGUCCCACUCCUCCCGCCACGCGCCCACGGGCGAGCCCAGCGCCGUCGUCGCCGCGUCGUCGUCCUCGGCGAGACACACGAAGCACUGGCGUCGACGCGGCAGCUCGCGCCCCCACGAUGACGACGACGGGGAGUGGCCGAAGAGCAACGACCCCGUGAAGGUCAUGCCGCGCGUCGAGCAGAUGUCCCCGAGAGCAUGCGGGCUCAUGGUGUUCUUCCCAUGGAGCGCGAAGCGGGCGGCCUGCGGGUUCAAGAGCCCGUCGACGACGCGUCACUCCGUCGCCGUUGAUCAUUCGCCCUCCCGCGGCCGCAGCAACCCCACCCUGCGCGACGCUCUGCAGGAGGACAACAAGACCGACGACAUGGACGUGCAAGACCCACCGCCGCAGCCGCGCGGGGAGAAGAGGGGCCGCGCGGAAUGGCAGGGCCGCGGGUGGGGCGUCUCGUCGCUGCUCGACACGAGCAAAAGGUACUGCACCGACGCACGGAAGGCCCUGAGCAAGCUAUCCAUCGGAUUGGGCGCUGACAGUGGCAGCGCGAGAGUUGGCAGGGAAAGGAGGAGCGGCACGCAGGAUGCCACGUCCACAACGACGACCGCGCCCGUCGUCGGCGCCAAGCUGACGAAACUCAAGUCUAACAGAAAUUAAGGGGAUUGGGAUUGGUCGGCUUGGAAUGCUACGAUAGAAGUUGCACAUGUCUAUGCAGAUAGUACUACUACUUCUUUGAUCUCCAUCUGUUCAGCUAGAUGAACUAAACUCAGUAGCAGAGCUAGGGUAGUACUCCCUCCGUUUCUUUUUACUCCGCAUAUAAGAUUUGGUCAAAGUCA